GCGUCAUCUCCUCCUUCUUCAACAACCUCGAUCUCCUACUCCAAACAAGAAGCUUCUCCCUCCACCUCCCAGGGACGCCAUUCCCGUCCCCCGAGAUCCCGCCCCGUGCCGCCACUUCAGACCCAUUCCGCGCCGGCGUCGUCUCCAGCAGCGGAGCCGCGCAUUGCGGGACUGGUGCUGUUCCAAGAAUCUGAUCUUGCCUCGGAUCUGACCCGGCGGCGGCGUCGUUCGAACCCAGACAAGGAGCGGCGCCGGGGAUGGCGCAGCCGCGGAACGGGGCGGUGCGGCUGCCGCAGAUGAACGCGCUGGAGGUGCUGCGGGAGACGGUGCGCGUGCUGCGCGCGGACCCGCACGCCUUCACCUCCGUGCUCUUCCUCCUGCUCUGCCCGGCCUCGGGCGUCCUCCUCCUCUCCGCCGCCGCGCUGGAGGGCACGCUCGUCCUCCCCCUCGCGCGCCGCCUCCUCGCCGCCGCCGCGGAGUCGGGCCUGCCCGCCACGCACUUCCUCCGGCAGCUCGCGCACCACCUCGCCGCCACGCUCGUCGCCGCCGUCGUCUCCUUCCCGGCGCUCCUCACGCUGCUCCUCGCCGCGCGCGCCGCCGUCGCCUACGCCGUCGCCGCCGUCUACGCGGGGAAGCCCCUCCCCGCCGCCGACCUCUCGCUCCUCGCGCGCCGCGCCUGGCCGCGCCUCGCCGCCACCUACGGCCUGUCCUGCGCGGCCGUCGUCGCCUGCCUCGCCGCCUCCCUCGCGCUCCUCGUCACCGUCUGCUCCACGCUCAAGUCCCUGCUCUACCCGCCGGACGUCGUCGUCAGCGCCGGCCUCCUCACGGUCCUGGCUUUCUCCGUCGUGUACGCGCACGCCAUCAUAAUCUCCAACCUCGCCGGAGUCAUCGCCGUUCUCGAGGACGUGGCUGGGGCCAAUGCGCUGCGCCGGUCCGUGCAGCUGAUGCGCGGGCAAACCCAUGUCGGGCUGCUCAUCUUUCUUCUGUCCACCAUUGGCCUGGCCUUCGUCGAGGGGCUGUUUGAGCACAGGGUCAAGACGCUCAGCUACGGAGAUGGCACGUCUCGGCUCUGGGAGGGGCCAUUGCUUAUUCUCAUGUACUCCUUUGUGAUGCUCAUCGAUUCGAUGAUGAGCGCCGUGUUCUACUUCACUUGCCGAUCAUCAAGCUUGGGAAUUCUGGAUGAGGAAUCCGUUGCGGAGCUUGAGAUGAUGGUCGAUGGCAAGUCAGAUGAAGUCAGGUGAUCAAGUCAUUUGGGGUCUUCUAAGCUCAUGUAAUGGCGCAGAUGCAAAAGAGAAGACAGGAGAAAUCUUAGGUUUGGUUUUUCUUGGUCAGUAUCGACAGCGAUCUGAGAUCUGGCAAUGUGUGUAGCAUUCUUUUGAAAUCAAUCAUGUAACUAGUAUAUCGAUUCAAUCGCGAUAGAGUUUUUUUUUCCGUCUUAACACCUUUUUGGUUAUACAGAAUGAAACAUAUUGUACUACUGAGAUACUGAUUACUCUGAAACUUGAUUCUUCAA